AUGAGGGGUGAAAUGGCCCGUGCAGUCAACAUAUCUCCAUUCGCUUCGUAUACCGUCGUUCCGAUCACCUCGGCAUGGCCCCCGGACAGUCCACAAGCGGACCGAGUCGAGUUUACCGGUCUCACAACCGGAAAAGCGAUGCUUGCUAUCGCCAUCGUCGCCAUGAUUAUAAUGACGACCGUCGGAAAUGCGUUGGUUUGUCUAGCCGUUCUACUCGUUCGCAAAUUGAAGCAUCCACAAAACUUUCUACUCGUGUCCCUGGCUGUCGCCGACUUUUUCGUCGGUCUUGUCGUGAUGCCGCUUGCUCUGAUUGACCUUCUCUUCGAUAAAUGGCCACUUGGAAGGUAAUUUAUGUGUUCAGCUCUGACACUUUUCGAACGUUUCCCUUUUGCACGAAGUUUUUCCGCUUGAAAGUAGGCAUUUGCGUUCAAACAAAGAAUCGACGAAACUUGUUUAUUUUGGAGGAAAGAGGAAAGCGUUCUUUUUUAUAUUGUCUCAUUUCCGUGUUGACCCCAUCUUCUGACGGGCCCCCGAAUUCGCCUUUCCUCGUUUUCUCAUUCCCAUUCUAUUUUUUUCCAACCAGAGUCAUUCCAUUCCAUUAAAGAUUCUCACGUUUCUCCCCCUGAAACAUUGAUUUAAAAAAAACCCGUAGCGCAAAAACAUCUGUGCAUUUUGGUGCUCCCCUGAAAACUUUGAUGCAUUCUUGAUAUUCUUUUGAACCUUGUCAUUAUGACCUUUCUUCCAUAGCAUUCAUAAUUCCGUCCGAAAUAGCAUGAAAGAAAGCAAUCCGAUUUCGGACAGAAAGACAAAUGAGCAAGUAUUACAAAAACGCAUGUCAUCCCGUGUGAGAGACUCUUCUUUGAAGACGACGUCGGUGGUCUGACCGCUCAACCGAUCCAUUAGAAACUACAAAGAGUUCAGAUAACAGCACAAAACAUUAAGAUAAAUAUUUUUGCUCGAAAGAAAAUUGACAUUUGUUUUCAGCUCAAUGUGCUCGGUCUACACAACCUCCGAUUUGACCCUUUGUACAGCUUCCAUCGUCAAUCUAUGUGCAAUAUCCGUCGAUAGAUACCUUGUCAUCUCAAGUCCCCUACGGUAUUCUGCAAAACGGACCACCAAACGGAUCAUGGUCUACAUCGCCUUCGUCUGGAUCAUCGCUGCCAUCGUGAGCAUCUCCUCGCACAUUAUCGCGAACCUCCUGGACGACGGCACGUAUGUCGAUGACACGGGAACUUGUCAGGUUAGUUGGGCCCCUCAAAUCGAAGUCAUUAUUCCAUUCUGCCCUCUUUCCGGUUUCCUUUUUUCUCUCUCUCUCUUCCUCGCUCCCUGCCGAAACGCAUGUGUUGUCAAUUCAACACUUUCACCUAUUCAUAAGUUUCGAAGGAAGACAGAAAUUCUCGUUGGACCUAGGAAGAAGAAGAGAAAGGUUUUCGCGGGUGUCGUUUUUAAACAGCAAAAAUAGAGAGAGAGAGAGAGAGUAAAAGAGUGCACAUAUUGUGGAAAUAACUAUAAGAAUUGGUUUUUGUCGGCGCGGCGAUAGAACAAGAGCGACCGCCUGGCGGAGAAAAGAAGAACGGGGCACAUCAUUUCGGGGAGAGCAAAAGACUCGUUGGAAGGAAAUACGAAUCGAUUAUCAUGUAUCGGGGCCGUGUUUACUCGCCCUCACAUAAAACGCUCCGUUUUUCGCGAUUGAUUAUCGAAAGGGAGCCAAUAUUCCGAGAAAACUGAAUAUCCGGUAGUGGAGGGGUCAUAUAUAUCUUCCUUGUAUGAUCCGGAAAUUGCAAGAAGCCCUAUCAAUCCGAGUGAGAACGUGACGAACGUCGAGGGACCGACCAGAUAUUCUGGUCGUUUCGAAGCCUUCGUUUCUGCGGGAGGCAAAGAAGUGCCUCUUUUUCUGGACGCAUAAAUCUUUGCGCUCGUUCUGAUUCGCUCGAAAACGACAAUUAGCAGUGUAGUUGAUUGACAGAUACGCACACCUCGAACUAUCGUUCACUCAGACAGCGGAUCUAUUUCAUUUCGAAAAGCGGACAUAAAAUGCGGAGACGGGUCGCAAAAGUUAUGCCUGACGACAGGCGAAUGCUUCCCUUUCUUGUUCCGUCCCGAAGUAACCCAGCGAUUGGCCGCUUUUGAGUGAAUGUUUCGCAAAUCUUUGUGACGUAUUAGUGCUGCGGGUCGCAUAAAACAUUUUCUAAGCCCCCGGAAAGUUCCUUACUUUACCACCGCUCGGGGAUUUGUGGAAACGACCUAGACGGGCAAAAAGGGUAACUCCUCCGGUUUCAGUUUUUAUCUCCUGAAAUGUGAACCCCCGACCACUUUUGAACGUUUCGACAAUUUCCUGAUUCAGAAGAAUGGAGAUGUUUCGUGACGUUGAAAAUGUCUCAUAACCACGCAAAGGUCUAGAUAUCUUGAAACAUGAAACCAUUCCAAGAAUAUUGCUUUCCGUAACUGGAGACGUUUCGAGAUUUUUUGGAAUUUUGUCUUUUCCACAGAACAAACUUCAAAACGUAGGAGGGAAACGGGGGGGGGGGAGGUUGCAUCACUUAUGCAAAUGAAUUUUUGUUCUUAAUUUGGACGCCGCGUAUUAAUAGAAGAAGAUGAGCGUCUCCUUAUCUUGGAACCCCCACUUUUCAAUCUUUCGGGGGCCGCCGCCGAGCCAGUCAAAGAAAAGCGCUUUCGCGUCAUUAACUGAUCAUGUACUGCCGCGGAAGAAUGCACAAAUGCUAGCAAUAAAUAAUCAUUAAUGUUGUGAGUUCGACGAUCAGAUAACACGAAAAACGGGUUGGAAAAAGCUUUUUCGUUCCGAAAUGACGCUUCGCAGCUGUUUUUGCAGUGUUUCGACAUGUGUUGGGUGAACCGGGGAAGAAAGUGGAGAACGGAAGGGAUGUUCAGAAUUCGCUUGAUUCUUUGACCAACCAUAUGGUCCAGAUUCUAUUUAUAAAUAAAGGAGAGACUGGGGAAUAAUGAGACUCGUCUUCUGAUUCAUCUCCUUCCUUGACAUUAAUAACAGUGAAAUCGCCCUUGCCCUCUACCCUUUUUCUUUUUUUCUUCCCGAGCGUUUCCAAAAAGAAAAGUGUAAAAAGCGUACAUGUUCAGUUCGCGAAAUGUUUCCUCUCUCCGCGCGCGAGCGGCCUCUCUUUUUAGGGCUCGUUCGCUUCUUCCCAAAGUGAUUUCCCCAACCUAUAAAAACUUCCUGCGCACCGCCACCAGGGGGCUUUAGGAAACGACCACACGCGAAAAACUGAAGGGAAGAGAAAAAGGAGAGCCGCCUCUUCUUUUGGACUUACAAAAAAUUCUAUUAUACCACCACACGCACCGAAACAAACGGUCCCAAGAAGGCUUUAUCAGACAAAUGGUUCCCCAGGGCAUGACGAUGAUAGAAGAGCAAAAAAACGGUUUCCCUUUUGUUUCAGGUCAUCCCUCAUUUCAUCUAUCAAAGCUAUGCCACCAUCAUCUCGUUCUACGCGCCCACAUUCAUCAUGGUGAUCCUGAACAUCAAGAUUUGGAGGGCCGCCAAGAGAUUGGCCGCUCAGGACCGUCUCAUGUCGCAUUGCAAUUCGGUGGAUGCAUCUGAAAGGCCACGUAAUGGGUCCGCCGAGAACAAGGAUCUUUUGAAUGAAAAGGAGACAAUUGAUGUGCCGAAGAAGGAGAGGGCCAAUUCAACAAACUCGAGACUUUUCAAGUUAGAACGGAAAUAUCUGCACCGACCGAGCGCAUUCUUCUCCGCUGCAAAAGGACCAUUGGUACGUCAGUUGUGUGUGAGAGAGAAAGGAAAGAAAAGCGGACGAAAGAGCCGAGCAGCGAGGUCAUUUUUUUUGCUUGAGAAACCGAUAAUUGUGUUCGUGAAAACCACGGGAUGCGAGGGGUUUUCGAACAUCACAAGUUCCAACGAACAUUGAGCAAACCUAGAAAAACGCUUUUGAAAUAUGGCAUAUCGCUCAGAAAACUGCAAAUGCUUCUUUUGGAGAUUUAUCUGAAUCCAUCAAAUUAUCGACAUUUUCCCAAAAAACCAAUUUCUGUUCUUUUUUGGCGCCAUUGUUGUUUCUGAAACCAAUAGACAAGGCGUAUAAAUAGCCAAGACAAAAGCACUAAAUGGUGCUUAAAAUGUUCAAAGUGGCACUUAUAGGAGAGCUGAAGCAGUGAAAAUUCUUCCAUCUCUUUUCUCUGGUAAAUGUCGUUUCUUUUGUGUGUCGUCGGGGUCCACCAUUUUCGCCCCAAUAAAAUCAUAUUCAAUGGGAAUGUGUUGUCUUCAUUGACAUGUGACGCGGAUAAGCUGACUCGAGGGUUCCCAGCAAAACAAUAAUCUGGGGGCGAUUUUCCGCUGUCGACGGGAUCUUCGAUGAUGCUCAACCAAAAAGGAAGGGCGCUGGUAUUUACCAAAACGAUCAUAUUUCAUUUUUGACCUCUUCAUGAUUACUAGGGAUGAGGAAGGAGAAAUUGUUGAAAAAUAACGCACAUUGUGUACUUUUUUCUCAUGUGGACGUCUUUCCGGAGGGAUUGAAAACGGCUAGAAUCGGGCAUCCAUUGUUGGGUGCAGUUUUGAAAGUUCAAGUAAUUCACUACGUCACAAGUCACAGAACUCUCCAAUUUGGACAACUUUGGGCAAAGGGUUUUGUGUGGGAUGAAGUUAUAAAGCGACCAGCUACAGACUACAGGAAAGACGAGAAUAGAUCAACUCUCAUAAUAAACACUUAAAGACCAGUUUGCGCCAAAAAAAGUGCAUGUACUUGUAAUUGCAGAUCCGUCCGACGGAGAAAAGCGAAUGCAAAGCCAGAAAAACUUUGGGGGUUAUCAUGUCGGUGUUCAUCAUUUGCUGGCUCCCGUUCUUCAUUCUCGCCAUUUUCAAAUCGUUCGGAAUGCAAAUUCCUGGCUGGCUGGACCUUCUCGCUCUGUGGCUCGGCUACUCUAACAGGUGAGUUCUCCUUCUGCCACACAUCAAUCUGGAUACAAUGAGUGUCUGGCCCAUAUUUCAAUCAUCAAGCACAUCAUCAUAAACUUUGAUGGCAAUUUUGAUGAUGAUGAUGCAUCAGCUUGACAUAUUCCGAGAGCGCGCGAAAUUUGAUCGGUCCCACAGAACACAAUUUUGACGGCACUGCUGCGCGAAAAAUUUCCCUUUUUCGAUGGCCCACAAUCUCAAAUAACGUUAUUAUGACGUACGUGAAAGGGCCUUUGAAAAAAUGAGAAUGGAAGAUGAUAUUGAAUUGAAGGGGGAAGGGGGACGGGGGCAAGUGAUUUCAAUCUACAUACAUACGGACGUAAGACAGACAUCUGAUACAAUAAUUUAUUUUAGCACUUUGAACCCACUGAUCUACUGCAAAUACAACAAAGAGUUCCGAAUACCGUUUCGUGAAAUGCUUGCGUGUCGCUGUGCCACCCUUCAGACCGUUAUGAGACAGCAAAGUUUCACUAGUCGCUAUGGACCGCCAGUGUAAGUGAUUUCAGACAAAAACUUUCUAGAAUGGGGCAUGUGGGUGGGAUGAUCUUCUUGAUAAUCGGUUUGGGUAGUACGAAUAUGUUCUGAAUCUAGAAAAACUCCAUCUUCGCCACUUUUCACAAUCACUCCUCGACAGUCUAUCGAUAGAGAAAUGAGUUCCGGUCACCAACAGGUUUCCUCGUUUUUUGACCCGCGCGUUUACAGUCGCUACCGUACCCAAUCUUCCAGCUAUCGACCGCUUCUGUGAGUAUAACCCUACUUACCCGAUAAUUACUCAUUCAAUUAACCGUUUUGCAACACCUUUUCUUCUUUGAGUGAAACUUUUGUCUUCGAGUUUUUUUUCUUUCAAAAGCAUGGAUUUUGGCGAUUUUUCUCUUUCGAGUGUUGGUUGCAAGCGAACUGCCUUUUUCACUUUUUGCAUGAGUUUCUGCUCAAAAGUGUAAUGAUUCUGCACGGUUUUCACGUAUCCGAACAAUUCUGCGAAUUCAGAUCUCGACGCAAUGACAGUCACGAGGCAAGUGACGUGUGA